ACUUUUGGUUUUGUACACCAGCUUCAAACAAUAUAUUUUUGGAUGUGGUAAAGAAAUUUCACAGCGCUUUAGAUAGUACAGUCAUUUUCUACACUAUAACGUUACUUGCUUGUUUUGUCACAUACACUGAACUUAGGUGAACAAUUAUAAGUUUAGCAACCAGGAAAUGGCGGAGCGAUUUCUAGAUAGGGCAUCUUUAAGAGGCCUGUUAUUUGAAUAAAAAUAAAUGACCAGUCCGCCAAAAUAAUUUGCUGUUGUGACUAUUUUCAACAGAAAUGCAAGAGCGCUUUGGCUAUAGCCUACUUACAACCACAGCCAUUUGCUACACAGUUUGUUCUUCUAUGCGCACGCGCGGUUUGUGACAAAGUAUUUUGUCGACUGUAUAUACAGUGUUUCGGGUGGAGGGGCAGAGUUAUUGUUGCAAUCUUUCAAGACAACUUUGAACACAGCAUACCUCUGGACCUCGAAAAAAUUGUAAACUACCAAAAGCCUACAUUAGGAGGUACUAUGGCACUACGGUCUGCUCUGCUAGGCUGUGGAUUGCUUGUGAUUUUGCUGGCAGUGGUGUUCCCCCCUUUGGAUGCAGCAAGUCAGGCAAUAAACCAAGAGUUGUCAGACCUCUUCAAUGAGCUCUGGAAGCUGGAUGUGAACCGCAUGAAGCCUGGGACUGACUAUACCAUCUCUGUGCAGGGCAAAGCUGGCUAUGUCUCUCAAGGCAGUAACCAUGCCAGGGACCAUGCCUCAUCGCCUCUCUUCUCCAAUGUCAAUGAGAACAAACUGAAGACCAUUACUACCUUCUCCCGCUUCAUGAAGCUCCUGGACAACUAUGAGAGGUCAACAGGCGUGGCAGAGCAUGUCAGCCGAGAAGAGGUCACAGAGAACAAUCUCUUCCUGGAUGCCGUUCUGAACACAGAGGUCAUGAAGCAUACCCACAGGUAUCUGGUUAGCAAGGGCCACUCCCAAUCAGACCUGAGGACGUUCAAGCGUCAGCUGUACACCAUCUGGUUCGACCUCUACUACAGAAGUGGAAGUAAGGACUCAUGCGGAUUUGAGCAUGUGUUUGUUGGAGAGACUAAAUUCGGAAAUGAGAUUGCUGGUUUCCAUAACUGGGUCCAGUUCUACCUGCAGGAGAAGAGCAGGAAUUUGGACUACAAGGGAUACAAAGCCAGGGACCAUGACAUACCUGACCAAGACGACCACGUCCUGAACCUCCAGUUCAGCUGGCACGGUUUGGUGAAGCCGGUGGGCAGUGCCUUCGUGGGGGCCAGUCCGGAGUUUGAGAUGGCGCUGUACACCAUCAUCUUCCUCAUCAACACACAUCGGAGCACCACAGUGGUGGUCAACAUUGACGAAUGUCAGCUGGAGGUGGUGGUGGUCAGGCACGGGCGCUCCAUUGGGACAGCCUACCCCAAACUGCUUAGCAGCAACAACAGACACCUGUAGUUGGAGGCAUCAAACACACGCACACAAGCAUACAUUUAUGAAUAAGACUCUGCACACACACACACAUACACUGUUUUGGACUGGGCAUUUAACCAGGCCAGUUUGCUUCACAAUUAGGCACAUAACCUUUCUUUAGCUGACUGCACUGUGUAAUCUGCACAACAGGAACAUACAUGGACACAUCUGAUACUCAGGGCAUGCAUGUGUAAGAUAUAAAACCAUGGACUUGUGUUGUAAAGUCUGAUGUUUUCCUACAAGUUGAAAAGUUAAGGUAAAGAACAUGUUUCAGAAGAAGAAAGAAAGUUUAACUCACUGUCUGAUUUCAACAGCAGUGACUCAUUGCAAUGUCGUGCCUCAUUUAAACAAACCAUUUAUAGAAUUUGUUUAUAAGCCAUGUCCUGAAGUCUAAAUUAAGCAUUCUGUAAAUAUGGCCCUUCCCAACAUGCACUGCCCAUCUGGACACCUGCUUGGCCAAUGUGUAGGGUUUUACAAGUGCCUAUGUCAAGGCACAAUAAUUAUUUCAAUACAAGCCAUUCUACCAUUUUCCAAAUGUGCUCAUGCAACCAGUAGCCCAUACUGUAAUAAAAUGUGCAUUGCCGAGUCAAACGUUGGUCAAUGUAUUAUUGCAUUCUCUAUAUGUGCAGUCAUGAACAGCCAGUUAUGAAUAGGCUAGCCUACUUAUGCAAUUGGUUAGUAUAUGCUACUAUUACAUUUUUCUGUCAUUUACCCUUUAAAGUAACUGUCCAUUGUUUCCCGAUUUCUAUUAAAUAUGACCUAUAAUUAAUUACAA